AUGCGCAUCUUCGGCCAUACCGACAUCAGGAAGUUUAUAUGGGGCACCAUGAUCUUCAAUGCCGCUUUCGGCGUUGUCUUUAUUUUCAUCGCCAUCUUCCAGUGCAAGCCCAUCAGCUAUUUCUGGACCUCGUGGGACGGAGAGUACCAGGGCCAUUGCCUCGACAUCAACGCCAUCGCCUGGGCCAAUGCCGGCAUCAGCAUCGUCCUCGACUUCUGGAUGCUCACACUGCCCCUGUCCCAGAUCAGGACCCUGAAGCUGCACUGGAAGAAGAAAAUUGGCGUCACCCUCAUGUUCUGCGUCGGCACCUUCGUCACCGUCGUCAGCAUCCUCCGUCUGCAGACCCUCGUCGCCUUUGCCAAAACGCACAACCCGACGUGGGAUCAGUUCGGUGUCGCGAGCUGGUCCACGAUUGAGAUCAAUGUCGGCAUCAUCUGCGCAUGCAUGCCGGCCCUGCGCCUCAUCCUCGUCCGCUUCUUCCCCCGCAUCCUCGGCAGCACCCGCCAGGGCACCUCCGACAUGGCGCGCUACUACGUCAAGUCUGCCAGCAACACGGGCAACCAAAGCAGCCGCAGACACUUCGGCACAGAGUCGCACGCUAGGAGCAGCAACCGGGAUCGGGGGGACGCCGAGUCGGCGUCAUCCGACGGAGCGGAAGGCGUGUCAAAAGGCAUCAUGUUCACCAAGAGUUUCAACGUCGACUUCCACGACGAGACGCGGCUUGUGCCGAUGAAGUCUUUGGACAGCCCUCCUCCUCCUCCUCCAGAUCCGACGCAGUCCAAGCCACAGGGCCCGAAGGACAAUUGGUAG